AUGUCCACUCGCGCACUAAGAAAGGCCCAACAGCGGGCAGAAGAGGAGCGUCUGGCCGCUCUCGCCGCCUCCCCUCUCUCGAAGGGUCCCCAAAACGACGAAGAAGAAGAUGAAGAAGAGGAGGAGGAAGAAGAGAUACCUAUCGUCUCAAAGAAGCCAAACCUCUUUGCUAUGCUAGAAGAAGAGCUCGAGGAAGCAGAGGGUGAAGACCAAGACGACGACGAAAAUGACGUCCUAGAGCCCCCUUCGACGACAUCAACAUCAACCUCAACAGCCCCGUCAAAAUCAAAGAAGAAUAAAAAGAAAAAGAAGAAGAAUAAAGGCAAAUCUAAAGCUAUCUCAGAAGACAAAGAAGAGGACGACAAUGACGAUAAAGACUUUGACGAGGCAUUACAAGCCCUCAAAUCAACAACCAUAUCCUCCUCCACCCCCACAUCCUCCUCUUCUUCAUCCCCUUCAUCCCUCCUAAACACCCUCCUCCACAUCGACCCCCGCCACCUCGACCUCGAAAACGAAAUGCGCAAACUCUUCGGCCGCUCUGCCACCCGCGAAAACCCACAAGAUACCCGUCCCCUUCGCACCCGCAACCUCCCAGGCUCCUCCACCCCCCGCACCCUCUCAUCCCGUCGCAACCCCUUCGUCCAACCCUCCGACAACUGGCCUCGCGACUCCUCAGGCGGUCUAUCAAUGGACCUCCUCUCCAAAUCCCCCAUCGACUCCACAAUCUCCUUCAAAUACUCCCAUUCCCGCGCCUACCAAGAAACCCAACGUCAAUUCCUCCUCUGCGUCCGCUCCAUGGAUCCAGACCGAAUGAUCUCCCACCUCUCCUCCCAUCCAUACCACAUCUCCACCUUACUCCAAACAAGUCACAUAGCACUAACCCAAUCAAACGACCACACAACCUCCCAAACCCUCCUCUCCCGCGCCCUUUUCUCAAUGGGCAGAAGCAGCCACUCCGUCUUCCCCACAUCCCUAACAUCAGGCCUAGCCCGCCUCUCCUUCGACCACUUCGAAAACCGCGAACUCUACUUCUCAGCCUGGAAAUACAUCCUCUCCCUCUCCCGCAGAGGGCUCUGGCGCACAGGUCUAGAAUUCCUAAAACUCCUCCUCCAACUCGAUCCCAUAAACGAUCCACUAUGUCUCCUACUAAUAAUCGACCAAUACGCCUUAAAAUCCCGCUGCUUCGAUCUAUUACUCUCAUUAUCUUCAACCCCAUUAUUAACCCAAACAUGGUCACAAAGUCCAAAUAUAGCCUACUCCCUCUCCCUCGCCGAAUUCAUGGCCGGGAACCUGGAAGCCGCAAAAUCAAGACUGACGGAAGCGAUAAUUACAUACCCCUGGAUAAUCACAAAACUCCACGGCGCAUUAUCAUUCGAAAGCACUUCUUCCACAUCUACCACCUUACCGGAAGAAUUAUGGGGUAUCCUACCCCGAACUAAAAUCGACGGUCUAUUGGCAGAGAUGUAUACCCUAAGAAUGGGAGAUCUGUGGAAUAUACCCGAACACGCACAAUUCCUCCUCUCAGUACUCUUCGAAAACCCCAAGAAAUUUAAUAAAAUAGAUAGAAAAACACUGGGGAGUAUGGAUUCUGUAUACGUGGAUGUCAAAUUGAGAGAUCUGGCUAGACAUAUUUUCUUGAUGGAUUUGAACGAGAGUAGGGGGUUGAUCGGUUUCUUACCUGCAGAGCUACGGAACGAUCAGGGUUAUGCGUGGGAUAUUUUACCACCUGUGGGGAAGGAAAGUGAAUACCAGAAGGAAAUGCAGGCGGAGACUGGUGGUGGGAUAAAUACGGGAGGUAUUCCGAUUGAAGCUGUGGGAGCGAGGGGGUUGUUUGAAGCAUUCUUUAGAAGUCUGUUACCGGAUUUUCGACCACCUGAUAUGCCACAGCCGACGGUACAAGCACCUGCUGCUAAUGCUGCUGCUACGGUGGUGGAGGGUAAUCAAGGACAACAACUACCACGACAGCAACAACAGCAGGAAACGGGAACAUUUGAAGUCGGAGAAGAUGAUUUGAGAGCUACGCUUGUGACGAUGGUAGAAGAUGGAAUCGGGUUUCCAGCCGAGAUGGGACUUUCGGAUCGUGUUGAAUUGGCAAUAAAUGUUGGACUUGUCCCACGGGAGUUGAGGGGGUGGUUUGGAGAGAGGUUUGGAGUUGUGAUUGGUGAUGAUGAUAAUGAUAAUGAUAACGGACAGGAUGAGGUUGAAGAAGGUGGUGGUGUGGUGGAAGUUGGAGAGGAACAGCAGGAGGAGGAAGAAGAAGUACAGGAGAGGGAUAGUAGAGCUAUUGAUCGGUUGGUACAGAUAUUGGGAACAGGAGAUAGGGCGAGUUUGAGGAUGAGGGUUGAUAGGAUGUUUGAGGGACAAGGAGCGGAGAUGGCGGAGGUGAAGAGACGGGUUGAGGAGAGGUUGGGGUUGAGGUAG